AUGUUCAAUGAAUAUUUUGUUUCCAUCUUCUCCUCUGACUCGGACGUCGCCUUUGAACAUGGUGAUCGUCUGCAUAACGUAGAGUUUGAGAAUAUCACAUUAUCGGAGGAAGAAGUACUAGCUGUGAUAAUGAAUUUAGACCAUAAUAAAGCACAUGGCCCAGAUAAUAUUCCAGCCCGCCUACUGAAAGAGACAGCCGCGCAGAUUGCACCAUCUCUCUGUUCUCUUUUCAACAAGUCUUUACGUAUUGGCGUUGUGCCUGACGAUUGGAAACUCGCUAACGUGGUCCCUGUUUACAAACACGGAGAAAAAGCGGAGGUAGAAAAUUACCGACCAAUUUCACUACUGUCCCUUAUAUCAAAAACCCUCGAACGUUGUGUAUUUAACAACAUCAAACAUCAUGCUUAUGAUCAGAUAAACCCUUGCCAAAACGGUUUUGUGCCGAAAAAAUCCUGCAUCACCCAACUCAUCGAAGUCCUUGAUCACAUUGGCCGUGACUUAGAUCGUGGUAAACAAAUUGACGUAAUUUAUUUAGAUUUUGUCAAAGGCCUUUGAUAAAGUGAGCCACGCAAAGCUGUUACAUCGCCUUCGUGAAUUCGGGUUUGGAGGAAGCAUUCUCAAAUGGUUCGGUUCAUAUCUGACCAACCGAUAUCAACAAACGACCGUUCUUGGAGCAACGUCGAGGCCGCUUCAAGUAAGAUCAGGAGUGCCGCAGGGGUCCAUCCUCGGUCCAUUAUUGUUCCUUCUAUACGAGAAUCAUCUCUCCAAUUCCGUGACCAAUUCAAGGAUUGCUAUAUUCGCGGACGAUACCAAGAUCUUCAAGACCAUCAAUUCGAUCUCUGAUGCGUCUGCUCUACAGAAUGAUCUGUCAAACUUCCAAGAAAGCUCAAGCAUUAUUAACCUCGAAUUAAAUAACACCAAAUGCAAAGUCUUAAGAGUCACCCGAAAGCACAAUAAAAUUACUUAUCCAUACAAACUUAACGAUACCAUCCUAGAAUGCACGGACUGUGAACGAGAUCUUGGAGUUUUAACAUCUUCUACUCUGACUUGGUCUAAACAAGUUGACCACCUGUGCAACAAAGCCACCAAAAUGCUAGGAUAUGUCCGAAGAUCAACCUUAAACAUCAAAGAUAUCACGGUUCGCCGCAGACUAUAUUUAUGUCUUGUUCGUUCCCAGCUAUGCUAUGGAUCUCAAAUUUGGGCACCACAAUCAGUAACCUUAAUUAAACGCGUGGAAAGACUUCAAAGACGCGCAACAAAGUACAUCCUGAAUCUGCCCUUCCGUUGUGACACAACCUACAACCAGAGACUUGCACUUUUAGAUCUCCUUCCAUUGUGCUACUGGCAUGAAUUUCUAGAUAUGGUAACCUUCUACAAAUUAACGCAUGGCAUCAUGACCAUUGACAGUAAUUUAAUACAGUCGUCACCCAAUAACAACAGAAGACAAACCAGGUCGUCUAAUCCCAAUCAUCUGUCAAUCACAACGGCACAAUGCAAGACCACUACCUACCAAAGGUCAUUUCUCAACCGAACAAAGAGACUAUGGAACGCAUUACCAAAAAGUUUGACAAGCAAUAACAUUAGUUUAGGACAAUUCAAAAACGGACUUUCAAAAUAUUACAAGUUAGCGUUGGAAGACGUUUUUAACGUUGAUGAUCCAAGGACAUGGAAAUCUAUAUGUUUGUCUUGUAACAAGUCUCGUAAUCUGUCCUGUCAAAUAUCGUGUUGUUAUUAGAUUUAUGUUCGUUGUAUAUUGUUGUAUAGUAUUAAAAUAGUUAAUGGGGCCGCUGUAAUUGGUGAAAACUGUUGCGUGCACCCUGCCAAUGAAACACAUAUUAUUAUAUGUUGUUGUAAAUCAGUGGUGUUAUAUGUUGCAUGUUACUUGGCAAAGUUAAAUAAAUUAACUUUUAGAAGCCCCUGCCUUCCACACAUUUUACCGCAAGGCAGUUAAAGAUUCUCUUAUUACUGAAUAUAACGACAACCUGAAACAGUCCUUUGAGAAGAAGAUUAAACCUUUGGCUGAUUCACUUCGUCUGCCGUUGCAAAACCAAACGUACAGCAAAUGA